UCUCUUCCCUUUCUCCUUUCUCGCGCUUGUCCCUCUCUCCCCCCUUUCUCCUUUCUCGCGCUUGUCCCUCUCUCCCCCCUUUCUCCUAUCGCUCUCAAUCACCUUCUUCCCUUCUUCCUUUUCUCAUGAGAUUUUCAUGAGAAAUCCCACACACAAACAGCAAAGGGUUAAAAUAAUAAUUUUUAAAAAAUGAAUUCAUUAGUUGUGUUGCAGCUGAGGAAGUGGAUCUGCUUCACCAUUAUUGACAGAAGAUGCUAAUGCUAGAGCAAUGGCGCUCAGUAGGGGGAAGGGCUCGCUGGACAGUAGCUCAUCAAUCAGAAGUGAUCUGGAGAAAUGUUCCCUCAACACACACGCCAGGGCUAACACGGUUAUUGUAGAGAAGCUAGAAAAGGAGAACGCCAAACUGAUCGCGCAGUAUGAAGAGCUGAGGUGUCAGUAUGUGCAGCUCCUAGAGGAGGCCAAGGAGGAGAAGUUUGACGAGAGGAGAGUCAACCUGCUCAAGGCUCAGAUCAUGCAGCUGGAAAGACAGGUGAUUUUGCUGUCCGAGGGCUUGAGCUCACAGGUCUGCCGCCUUCAGGAUGUGGAGAAAGCCCUUGAUCCUCUAACACAGAGAUUAAGGUCGCUGCUGUGCUCCGGGGAUCCUGCUGCUGCUGACGUGGUGAUCACUCGGACAGAGCUCACGCAGCUUACAGAAAGGUGUGAGGAUGUGAGACAAAAGCUGCACAGAAAUAAUAAGGUGACUUCCCUGGAGGAUCUCGCCAUGCCCUGGAUACUGACUAGGUCGAAACUGAGCAAGCAGCCCACCACCCUGCUGGAUCUCUGCUAUGGCAAGACGAAGAACCUAAACCUUCAGGAAGUGAGCGCCCUGGAGUCCGAGCUCAGCCAGCUGUUCAAACACCUGCACGGAACGAGACAGACCCUCAGCCUCAUCCUGGCUCCUCACCAAGAACCUGACAGUCCCGCCGUACACACGCCUCCUACAGCCGUCUACGCCCGGUUGCUGAACCAGUCGCACCACUGCUGCGCAAUCCUGGACCGCUGUUGCCUCGACCUCUUGACCCUGUCUCUCAUCGUGCCCUCGGCACCCUGGGCCAGCCCAGAGCAGCGGGUAAUUCAGGAGCUGGAGGUGGAGAAUAUCCUGGCAGCGCUGCCAGCUUUUCCCCGAGGAGCACCCCUCCAGCGUGCAAGACGCGCCGCCCAGGCCCUGAGCCGAGCCGCCAAUUACUCAGUACUGAUGGCCCAACAGCAGGUGGAAGCUCUCGAGGCCGAGUUGGAUUUCCAUAGAAGCUUGUACAGCCUGCAGGUCCGGACCGUAGAGGAGCUCGUCCAGGGAAUCCGACAGGCGUAUCGAGCCUUCCAGGAGAACAUCUCUCAGAGUCUGUGUGUUCCACUGCAAGAUGUCCUUUCAUGCUACGAGGAUCUGAGGAGCACAGCGUCAGAGACUGCACUUCACCGCUUUCUGUCAGCUUUUAAGAGCAACUUGGCGCAGAUACGAGAGGCGGUGGAUGCCUUCGGCCCUUCAAAGAGUGAAGGAGAUGAUGUCCUGGCGCAGUAUGGCCACGAUUUCCUGCACACUGUGGAAAAGCUCCUGAAAGAGUGUACCGAGAACAGAGAGAAAGCAGCAAGUCAGCUACACUCCCUCCAGCAAGAGCAGCAGCAGGCCGUUCAGACCCUUCACAUCCUGCGAGCCCAGAGAAAGGAAGUGAGUGCAGAAAAGGACCAGCUUCAAUCGGCAUGUCCUGGGAGCGCUCCGUGUGAGAGUCCUGCUGCUCAGUCUGGAAGUGCGGGAAAAUCCAGUGCUGCACCUAAAGAGCCGUCUACCACGCCAGCCAAUCGGAGAAGCCGAGAGAUCCGAAGAGCUCUAUCGGUCCAUGUCUCCAGAAACAGCUCGUCUCAAGAGAAGGGGUUCAACCAGAGGCCGGGCAGAGAGGAGGAUGGGCUGAAGAGGAGGAGUUCUUUCAGAAGCAAGAGCAGGAAGACUGUAGAUAGACCUGAGUGGCAGACCUAGACAUGUUGAGAGGAAGAGAAACCAUUUACAAGUCCAACCCCUCCAUUUUUAAACUACUUGCCUGUCCUGUGAAAUAUUGAAGCUCUUGAAUAGUGAGGUGGGGUGUGUGUGUGUGUGUGUGUGUGUGUGUGUGUGUGUGUGUGUGUGUGUGUGUGUGUGUGUGCGUGUUAAUGCCUGUUAUAAAAGCCUCUCUGGCUACACAGACCUGGUGGAAAUGAAAGCACUUAAAGAGCCUUGUUCCAUCGAUGUCAAGCAAAGUCUAUGUCUAUUUCUUUCAGCUUUCUAGGCCUCGGUCAAGGCGAGACAAGCCAGGGGUGCGUUACAGGAUCACACAAUAACACUGUUUUUAUUCAUUCCUUCAAAAAGCUGUCAAAGCAGGUGUGUCUUUUAAAGUGCAACAAGCCCUGCCCUGAUUAUCACGCCGAUUUUCUCUGUGUUGCCUUUGUUUGGAUAGGUAGAGUUGACUCUGGGUUUAUUUAAUCUGACUUUGUUUUUUUGUUUUUUUUGUAAGGAACACUAAAGACAAGAUGAACCCAAACCUGCACACCUGACCAUUUUCACCUUGUUAGUUCAUGCCCCUGAUCACACCAUCUGUUUCAUCCACUUAAAUGACCGAAUCUUUGUUUCUUCCAUUAAAAUGCAAUCCCGAUUUACUUCCUCCUCCCCCAGCGAUCAGUGGGCCUCGUUUAAUAACCUUUUAAUAAAAGAUUUUGCAGGCCAAACCUCAGGAACAUUGAUUUUCUUCAUAAUCGUACGUGCAUAUUGAUAACCACUUUUAAAGUAUUCAUUCACAUUCACAGCGCAGCUGAUUUUCGAUCUAGCGAUGCCCACCACUCAGGGUGAUGAGCUACCACAGAACCCGCUAAAUCCGACGCUAAUGUUGUCGUUCUUAUGGGGUGCCAUUUUUAUUUCUUUCUUGGUCCUAAUUGAAAGUCUUAUUUGUGAUACUUUACGGCUCUGUUUUCUUUGCUUCCUUUCGCAGUUGAAAUGAGUAAGCUAUUUUAACUUGACAACAUAAUCCUUUAUAUAAAUCUGAAGUAACUUGAGACGGCGAUACGAUCUGAAGCUUAUACAUCAUGGUUCACGUUAAUGACGCUCCGUAUACAUAAACUCCGGAGCUGUUCUUGGAAACGAACAAAUUUCUUGUAUAAAUGCUCCUGCGAAUGAUUUACGAAUAAAAAAAAAAGUUUGUAUUCAGCUUGAUGAGGCCCGCUGAGUGAAAACAAGUAUUUGUUUAUAUUGAAAACGCCUCUUUUCUCAAUCCAGUGAAAUCCCAACGGAUAUAAAGCCUAAUUCCAGCCAUACGUUGUUUCCUGCCCAAAUCUCCAGUUUCACUCAGAAAUCCGUCACGUCACUACGCACUAUGAUUUUCAUUCCGUGUGUCUUUGAUAAAUAAAUUGUGUCUGCGUGUCCUCGUUGAUUCUUGCACAGUGAGCCUUGGUACAUCGGCUACUUCACGUUCCCUUUGUAAAGCAGUACGAUCUUCGAGCCGUUAGAUUUGUUUAUUGAGCACUUUUGUGGCUUGUUGCCUUUAGACCACAGGAUUCAUUGAAUAUUCAUGAUGCUUGAAUGUUUGUUACUGACACCAUUAGCAUAUUUCUUCCAGAUUAGGCCCUGCACCCACAGCAGGUCAUAAAAGACGCCCCCCUGAGUCCUCCAUCUCACGCUUAUUGUACGAUACAGUAUGACAUCUCUGCCAUUAGACAGCAGCGUCGUUGUCCUCCUUUUCUUUUCUCUCUCUCUCUCUCUCUCUCUCUCUCUCUCUCUCUCUCUCUCUCUCUCCUCCUCCUCUUUUCUCUUGCUGCUUCUCUCUCCACACAAAGGUAGUCAUGGGACGCAUUAGUCACCUCCAUGCAUCUGUCUUCCUCUCUGACAGCUUAGACGUGAAUACAAAAGGUAGAACGACAGAGCGAGAAGAUGAGAUAAGAGGAGUAAAAUGCGAAUGGAGUCAUUCUUCUUUCUUAGCCCCAUAGCUUUUAGAUGGAAAGAGCGCUUUCUCUCAAGUCUUUCUUUCCUAAAUUUCACUGUCAUGCAUUAUGCAUAAGACUCCCUUCCUUGUACACAAACACUUCAGGGCCUGCUUUUACUUUUAUGCUCUUGCCAUGAGCAUGUCUCUCUCCCUCUCUCGAUCUAUCUGUAUUCACCUCUCUCUCUCUUCAGCUGUCUGACUCUCCUUCCAUCCUCCCUGCAGGAACACAAAUGGCUCGGGAGGAGCUAUUUCCUCUCUGAACUCUAACUUGAUUAUUCUGCAUUUGUCCUCCAUCUUAUUUUUAUUUUUUUUUACCCUUCCCUUAUGCCUUGAUGCUAACCCCCCCUCCCCACCCCACACACGCACACAUUUGUCACAACGAAAACUUAAUUUCAUAAAAAAAAAUCUCCCAUGGCCAUGAAUAGAAAAAGCCAAAAGCAUAAUCAGCCUCAGUCCAUUUCUUUAAUUACACAGUUCCAGGAUUAAACACAGAAAUGUUUAAUGUGACUAAUACGGUUCAGGCGUGUAAAUGUGGAACUUUCAGAACUUAAUAAUGGAUUUCAAAUGAAUUCUAAGAGACGCAUUGAGUUAUGUGUACUCAUGGACUUGUUUAAUGGGGAUUUUUUUUCCUCACACUACAUAUUUAAGGAAUACUCUGGAUUUC